AUGGCUCCCUAGUCAGGCUUCCACGUUGCGUAAAUUGCAACAAAUAAUGAUUCAGUUUGACUAGUAUUUCAGAGUAAACAAGACUGCCUAUUGAUGCAAAAUAAUCAUUUUUUAUUCGCAGAGCUAUAAAUUAAUUUUUUCACAGAAAUCGUCGACCAACUCCGGUCUAUUGAUUGGUUAAAACCAUCUCCUUUUAUUCAAAGUUUUUCGGAAGAUAUUCAUGUAUAUUCGUUGUACAACAGACUGUGAAUUAAUCGCCUGUUGUUUAUGUUUUCUAUGCCGUGCCUGUUUCGUUUGGCUGUUGAUUUAAAGUUGUAUCUUGUCUCUCAGCUUGCCC